AUGCUUCAAAGAAGUUUUGUAACACUGCACACGUCUGUUAGCGACUCACUCAAUCUUAAUGCUGUCUGCUCCUCUUCUCCUGUUGUUCUGGCAGAGCGGUGCGAGCGGGCGAGGGCGCAGCUGGCCGCCGCCGUGGACGGCCGCGUGGCCGAGCUGCGGCGCCUGCAGCGGGAGGCGGACCGUCGGCUCAGCGAGGCCCAGGGCGGCGCAGCGGAGGCGGCGGGGGCUCUGCGGGGGCGGCUGCAGGGCGCCGCGGCGCGCCUCGCCGACGCCUUCCGGGGGCUGCAGCUGCGCCACGACAAGGUGGACGCUUUCCUGACGCUGCACGCAGAGGCGGUGAGCCUGGUGGAAGAGGCGUCCAGCUGGAGCGGCGGGCAGCUGGCCUUCAACGCGCAGACCCUGGAGCUCAGCGUACGCGAUGAGGCGGCCGGCAGCCAGACCCCGCCAGAAGGGGCCGCGGGCUCCGUAGAGAACCUGGCCACCAGCGCCGCCUACAGGAGCGCGGCGCGGCUGUGCCUGCGCAAGCACUGGCUGCGGCGGCCGGGCGCGCUCUGCUGGUGUCCCUGGGAGGCGGCUCGCCACCUGCUGUACGUGGCGGUGCGGGACGGAGAGCUGCUGGCCGUGGACACCGCCACGGGGCGCCUCGCCUCCAGGCUCGCCGUCGACGGCCUGCUCUGCCCCGCCGGCGUCGCAUUCUCCGGCGACAGGUGCUACGUCACAGACAAGUACGCGCACUGCGUGCACGAAGUGGACGCGGAGGGCCGCGUGGUGGCGUCGCUGGGCAGGAAGGGCGGCGCGCCGGGCCAGUUCCGCAGCCCAGAGGGCCUCGCCGCCUCCGCCGACGAGGCGGGCACCCUGCUCUACGUCUGCGACACCGGCAACGACCGCCUGCAGGUGCUGCGGUCUGACGGGACGGUGUUGCGCGUGCUGGGUGUCAGACCUCUGGAGGAGCAGCCCGGCGUGCUGCAGACGGAGUUCGACCAGCCGACCGGCGUCGCCGUGUCGCGGGACAGGAUCGCCGUCGCAGACAGCGGCAACAACAGGGUAAAGGUUUACAACAUGGAGGGUGAGAAGAUACUGGAGCUGUCCGGUGAGAACGGCCCGUUCAACUGCCCCGAGUGCGUGGCCAUCGACCGUAGCGGCAGGAUCAUUGUGGGUGACAGCGGCAACCAGCGCGUGCAGGUGUUCAGCGAGGACGGGCGGCUGGUGUGUUCGCUUGGGGGCCGCAGCUCGGGCAUCGGCUGGGUGUCCGGCGUGGCCGCCAGCGGCGCCGGGGAGCUGGCCCUCACCGACGGCUCGGCGCACGCCCUCUACGUCUUCUGACCGCCGGCUCCGCGCCUCCAGCUCCAGCGACCGGCCAGCGCCAGCGUCCAGCGCCGCCAUCUCGCCUCCAGUCGUCCUCCCUGCUCACACUACCUACUUCCGUCCUCCCCCUGUGACAGCCAGGAACGUUCCACUACCUUUCAGGCGUGCAUACCGGGCAGCAGUACUUGCCCUUCCACUGUUUCGGCCGUUCACCUCGGAGUCGUCUUCGAGGCGAGUCGCUGAACGAGCGGUUUAAGCAUUUCGGAGUACGAGACGUCACGCUUAGGCUUCCAAAACUCAGUCACCGACUGUCCAUCAAAGGCGGGUGUGGGUCUCGUCCUGUACACUGAAAGGUUGGCCGAAUGAAGGAAGCGAGUAGGAGAAGGCUAAAGUAAUACACGUCGGUACUGCAGUAUGCAUUUAAAUCACCUUUACUCUAGCAAGAAGAAUGCAUAACUUUGCAAUGAGGUGCGAAGGGUCCCGGCUGUCUGCUCUUGAUCAAGUGGGCUGAGUCUACAGUGGCGCUCGUAGAGCUAAACAGUACCUGCUAGAGGGCGCUGGCGUCGUUGUCUGUCGUAGUGCCAACUUAACUGGCAGCUACGCCGUGGCAUCCUAGCUAUCGAUACCACAGUAUUGCUGUCACGAAUUCACACCAGAAAAAUGAUACAGUAUUGCUCCACGCGGUAAAACUUCAAUAAUCACUCCGCUAGAAACGUCUUUUCUGUAUUGCGUGAUUUAUUAUACACGAUGAGCACAAAGUCUUCCCCUGAUUAUAACAAUUUAUUACAGAAUAAUCGUUUGACAUAAUAAUUUACAUUUGGUGUCAUUACAUAGGUUAGCUUACAAUUUUUUUAAGACCACUUACGUUAGUAAACCUCAACGUGUGCUCCCUUGGUAGCUCGGAGAAUGUCGAGCCGGUAUUCCAGUUCCCGCCAGGUGUUCCUUAACACGUGUUUUGUCACAGUACCCAUAGCAGCUUGUACCCUAGCCUUCAGUUCGUCGACGUCAGCAACUGGUGUGACGAAGACUCUGUCCUUGACAUAGCCCCAGAAAAAAACAAGUCAAGGGCCGUAAUGCCUGGAGAGCGGGAUGGCCAGGGUGUUGGACCGUUCCUUCCAAUCCUCCGAUCCAGAAAUGUAUCAUCCAGGAAAUCACGCACUAUCAAAGCCCAGUGGGGGAGGGGAGGUGGGGGGUUCUCCACCAUGCUGGAAAAUUAUCCAUGGUUGAUAUUCUUCCGACUGUGGGGCAAUGAACCUUUGCAAAACGUCUAAGUAAAUAUGAGCGGUAAUGGAUUUUUCCGCAAAGAAAAACGGUCUCAAGACCUUGUUAUGCAUGAGGCCGCAUCAAACAUUCACUUUUUCGCUAUCCUGCCUGAACUGUACAUUAGCAUGUGGAGACUCUGAACCCCAUAUACGGAUAUUAUGCCUAUUUACCAUUCUACUGACAUGAAAGCUCGGUUCAUCGGUAAAGCGAAUUGGGAUUUAAGUAAUCGUUAGCGCCAUCAAUCCUGUUGAAAAUCUCAGUUGUAAAGUCAGCACGCGUCAGCAAAUCAUUCGGUUGCAAGGCCUGCACGAUUUUCACUUCGUAAGCAUGCAACCUAAGCCUUUCAUGAAGACUCUUCACCACACUUGCUUGCGGUGUUUGAAGUUCACGUGACGCUUGAGUUGAUUUAGACGGACUCCGCUGAAACGAUUGUCGAAAACGAUCAGCAGUUUCAUCACUCACACGAGGCCAGCCACUUCGAGGACGAUCUCCAACGCUGCCUGUUUCGUUGAACUUUGCAUACCAUCGCUUUACUGAUUCAACAUCAGGAGGGCACCACCCAUAAGAAGCCCGAAAAUUACGCCGAACACUGAUGGGCGAUUUGGUUUCGUGAAACCAAAGCACACGUUGCGCUUUCUCCUGCUCCGACGCCUAACGUGACCUAACAGACCGCGUCGGUGUUGUGGAGCACUAGCGCCACCUAUUGGUCUCAACAACUAUAGCACUAACCUAUGUAACGGCAUCAAAUGUAACUUAUUAAGUCAAACGGUUAUUCUGUUAUCAAUUUUUAUAAUCAGGGCAAGACUUUGUGCUCACGAGAACCAUGUAGUUUUCCAAGAAAUCUGUGAUUUUUAGUUCCAUAUUUCCAAAGAGUCUACUAAUGGAACAGUAAUAUGUAUGAGUUUCAGUAUAAAGCAGACAGAGUUAAACAGUACUGUCAUUAUGGUAAAUCAUGAACGUGCUUAAAUACGUUGAAGGCUUACCGCAUCUAGUAAAUUUGCAACUGGAUGUCAGAGCAAAAUUAUGAACUUACCUUGUCUUGAAAUUUACGCCAAAAUUAUUGAACAAGGUUCCCUGGAAACGCAAUCUGAUUUCAAUAAAGAUACUUUCGAUGCGGCAGAAGUUCCGCAAGCGAAACAAGGGGCUAAUCUGAAAGAUUUAGGUUUUAACACUGACUACAAACACUGCAUAAUUAACUGUAAUGGUGCAUUAGGGUGUAUUAAGCUGUGCCUUACAGACUCAGCUUGUCCAGGGCAAGUGUAUUUGCCACUGGUAACCUUCGGUGCAUGAAAAAUUUGAUAAUCGGAGAGCUAAAGUGAUGGAGAGACCGAAUUCCGGCGACGCUGUUUCUGCGUCUGCGGAGAAGCAUUACCAGUAAAACUGUGAACAUUGCGAAAGCGCUGCAUGAGUAAAUAAUAAAAUGUAGCGAAAUGAGGUCCAUUUCCAUAAAGAAAUUCUGAUGCAGAUGUGAUCAGGUGAGGAACACGAAAUCACAAGGUCGGAAACAUACGCAAAAGUAUAUAAACUCAUGAAUUCACUGACACCAAAUGUGUUGAAUCAGCUUCAUAAUUAUCCAAAUCGUUAAAAAGUUGCUACGUCCUCGAGGACGAAUACAUCUGACUCACGGUAUUCAUCAACGUAAAUUUACAUAGUCACACAAGAGAUCUUCAGAAUAGUAUAAAAAAGUUGUUAAUGAGAUUUCACGACACACACAAACAUACACAUACACACACAGAGAGGGAAAGAAAGAGAGGGAGAGAGAGACUGUAAUUCCUUGUAUCCAUGGAUUGUAGAAAGUCCAGAGACUGGCUCACACGUACACAGGUGAAAUCGAAAAGUUUACAAAGGCGCUAACUCCCCUCAACAAAUCGAAAGAAAAACACAAGAAGGUAUCUCAUCGAAUCCUUUCAAACAACAUGUUGAAUGACCAUCUUCGAAUACCCAUUCGAUAAAGAAGUAGCAGCCAGCAUCCGGAGCACAGGUUGGAACAAGCAAGGGUAGCGGGUUUGUCCCACUGCACGAGCACCCAGUAACCUGAUUGGCUGUCCACAGGUCAAAGCUUCACGAGCGACUGAGAGAUGCCAUGCAAAGACGCAUCACCAAUGCAGACGAAUUCGCCAGCGACCGAAACUCUGAGGAAACAAGUGACUUGUGUUAAGCAUGUGGGCGCAUAGAAGAACAUCGCCAUCACCUCUGACGUGGCAACCCGGCAGGCCCUUCCUCAUUUCAUUAAUCUUUACCUACUCUAAAUUGUUAUGAUUUCCAAUGUUAGUAGCUGUUUAUCCUUUGGAACUAUUGCUAAUAUCUAUUUUUACAUUUUCCUUCUGUAUCUGUUCUACUUCCAAGGCAACAUAAUUGAUCCACCUCUUCUUGAAGAGUCUCUUCCGCAAACUUAACAUUUAUUCCUCAUGCCCAUUUGUUGCGCCACCACCACUACCUCAGUUAUUAUUUUUGUUAAUGUGUUUAUCGUAGUACACAUUCGAUUUUGUAAGGGUUCGUCGCAGUUACUCAUUAUUUUCGACGACCACUACUGCGUCAUCAGCGAACUGUAACAUGCGGUUUUGUCUGCCUUGUGGCAGACAGCGCACUCCCAUAACGAGAGACUUCUCCCUUUGCCCCUUCAACAUACAAAAUUCAAAUGUUAGCGCUGAAAAUGCGCUUCGCUGCCGUCCUCAAAUGUUUACCGACUUCGGCCCCUUGUAUUUUGCAGUCAGUCAUGACGAUUUCAGUCUAUUGUAUGUAUGAACAAUUGUAGAUUGAAACUUGAAGUGGCUCGCAAAUACUAAAGUCACCAUUUCUUGCGCAUAUAACACGCCAGAUUUAACAGUUACCGCUCUCAGCUUUUGUACAGGCUAGAUUAAGACGUCAGUGUCGGUGAAGAUACCAAGCACAGGUUAAAAUAGUUUGUCAAUCAUAUUUUUCCUCUUCAGCGUAACUUAUGCCUUAUCCGCCUAGAUGACACCACCUUACUGCAUUUACCUCUUACCAAACACAGCAAGUUGACAUUCUGACUCAAUAAAGCAGCUAUGCUUCCUUCAAGGCAUCAUGUGAAGGUCCACACAAUACAUUAUUUUUUUUACUCGUACUUACGUUUAUCAGGUCUAGUGCCUCCACGUUUCAGUUGACGGUGAGUGAACUUGUCAGGCUGUUCGGAGGAAUAUCAGGAUAUUUCCGCCUGCUUAUGAGCCGCAGCAUAAUGUUGAAAAAGCUUAGAAAACGCUAUCGUCACUCGGACGCCGAGUGUAGAACUAAGGCAGCAUCGUCUUUCAUUAUCUUUCCCACAAGUUCUUUCUCCGUUAUCCUCUCAUCAUCUCAUUAUGCUUUCUAAACCCUCAUCCAAUGCAGUUUGCGCUCUCUGUAUCUCAAUGUAAUUUUUCUACUCUACUCGUUCCUUCGCUGCCACAUUAGCUAAUCACUUGAGCUUAAGCUGUUUAUUCCAUUCUGCUGCUGCCCCUACCUCACAUUUGGAGAAUGCUGUGGUCUGCAUACGCUGCUUCAGAACAUACUUUCUAAAAUCUGCAUUAAUGUUUGAGGCUAUCAGUUUUCCAUGGUUGCUUUUAAUUGUUCCUUACGUACCUAAAGGCAAUAAUGACUCCGGAUAUUUCAUUUUAUAGUUUUUCUAUUUACACCCUUGAAUUUCUGUUAGUUGUUAUGCUUGCUUUAAUUUAAAAAAUGAAAUACACGCCACUGACGUUUCAUAAUAAUAUUUGUCUUAUCGUUCGUUGUGGAACGGCUUUCGGCUUUUCAGGCAAUUCUCAGACAACUCAGGACUCCUUUUGAUCGUUUUUAAGUAUUCGUGUGUUUAUUCUUAAGCCAAAUUCACUGAUGUUUAUUAUGACUUUUCUACUCAUUAUCUGAGUUCUCUCAGCAGUACAAUGUUCUCCGUGAACUGCAACAACGCUGUCCAUUUCUCUACUAUGUUUUCUUCUUUUCAUACAAUUCCUUUAAAUGCUUCUUUAACAAGGAAGUAAAAGAAUGUGGUAAUGAACCAACGUCUUGUAUCUUCUGUAUCAUACGCUUGUCUGUUGUGUUAGUACAUUGGGCUGUUUUAUUGCUAUUCGUUUAUCUGUGUACUACCUUCCUUUUUUGUUUUUCAAAAGAAGCAGACACAUAUGUCAACUGAAAUUGUCGAAAGGUUUUCUUAGAUUCGCAAAUGUGAUUUAGAUAUUUCAUAGUAAAAUAGUUGGUCGGAAUACUAAGCGUAAUUUCUGUCUCUCCACUUGUAUACAAUUCUAGCUAAACACGUAAGAUGUACUGCAUGAUAUGUACCCUUUAUUUCUAUCGACCUGUCUCUCUUCCUCCACCCUUCUCUCUUCUCAUCUUUCGCACAGCUCCUCAUUUCCUCCUGUUCUCUUUUUCUUUUGUUCUCUUCCUCCUCUUCUCCAGUCUCUCCAGUAGCGAAAGCACUAAGCUCCUGCACGGAUCACCUUGGAGACUCGUGGGAACCAACGGCUUCAAUAACUAAUCAGAACCAUUGCCUGUAUCAUUGCACCACAGUGUAAGGAAUAAUGCCUCAGACACUAUGCAGUGUACUGCCCUAGUUGAAAUACAAUUAGUAUGUGGUAGAAGAGACAAAAGGAAUGUGACUUCAUGAGCUCACGUUCUCUCUAAGUUCUACAUACCUUUUCGUCUUCCCGACUGGCAGAUUUCAACGCUGGCUGUCGUUUCAAGUUCCGUCAGUCGCACCGAAAUCUUUGACUGAUUACAAAUACAAACGUGCCAUACUUUAAAAAAAUACUAUGGGUAGUGGGAUCGGAUAAAAAAUGCUGUCAUUGAAAUGUUGGAAUGGCGACCAUGGAGCAUGAAAAACGGGCUUGGAACUUACCUUCUCCUUAAAAUUUGUUGUCGGCUGUUGAUGGACGUGGUUAAUACGUUGUACGUCUUGUUAGUACCACUCUGUACGGUAUACUGAUGUAUUACUAUGUUAUUAUCAAUACUGGAAACUGUAAUAUAGUUAAAUAAAGCAGCAAAAACCAUAA